AUGGCGACCAUUGUGAUGGAGAAAAUUGGGCGAGUGUUCAUCAGCCUGCAGCAGAUCAGGCAGGUUCCCCGGAUGCUGACUGAGGCAGCACCCUCCAUGCCCGGUACCCUAAGAGACAACGAGGUUCCCCACUACUUCAGAGAGCGCUACAUCUGCACCGGCUACCGACCACUCGACCAAAACUGGCGCUACUACUUCCUGUCUAUAUUCCAGCGCCACAAUGAGACAAUCAACGUCUGGACUCACUUGUUGGCGUUUUUUCUCUUCCUGGCUAGAUUUGGGCAACUCACAGAGACUGUGGACUUUGUUCAUGAUCCUCAUUCGUGGCCCCUGUUGAUCCUCAUCUUGUCCUCCCUGAUCUACUCGGCAUUCAGUGUAGUAGCUCACCUACUGGGUAGCAAGUCUGAGCUGUAUCACCAUGUCUUCUUCUUUCUGGACUAUGUUGGGGUAGCACAGUACCAGUACGGGAGUGCAAUAGUUCACUUUUACUAUGCUGUGGAUGAGAGCUUGCACAGAUAUGUGCAUGGAAUCUUCAUGCCGGUUGCCACUGUCCUCAGCUGUCUGUCUUGCCUGGGAUGCUGCUGUGGCAAAUAUUGCAGCCACAACUUACCUCGGCCGGUGCUGAAGGUGGGCCAGCUCGGGCCAUCAAUGCUGGCCUGUAUGUGGGACAGCAGUCCUUUGAUGAAAAGACUCAUGUCCUGGUCUACAACCAGCAACGACCCAGCCCUUAUCUUUCACUUUGGCCAGGUUGCUUUCUUUCUCAUCUCUGCCUUCUUCUUCACCUUCCCUCUGCUUGAGCAUUACCUACCUGGACGGUGUGAUUUCGUGGGACAGAGUCAUCAGAUUUUCCACGUUUUAGUGUCUUGCUGCACCCUGUGUCAGAUCCAUGCCUAUUACCUCGACUAUGUGGGCCGAAGGGAGCUGUACUCACGUCUGCACAGUAGGGAUGAGGCUACUCUCUUUGUGGGACUGUAUGUGGUCACUUUAGUUGGAUGCACAGUAAUUGCAGUCUUCAUGCUGAGGAAAGCUAAAAAAGCGUUUGAUUUCAAAACUAAGUCCAAAUUUACAUAA